AACAAGUGCCUCAUAAAAAUUAGCAAACAGUGUUCGAUUAACUAAAUUGAAAAUAAACAAACGAACAUCCCACCUCACUCGGUUAAAAAACAUCCAGAUUUUUAUGAAUUCCGCAAUUUUGCUCCGAACACUGACGACGUCGAUUGGCAGCACCGCCGCCGGUAAGCAGCUCCUCCUUUCUAGGUCAUCAACGUCAGUUUGCGAAUGCUAUCGUUCGAUCGUCAGUAGUGUUGGUGCUUUCGCUACGAGUACGUCAUUUUCUGCGGCGAGUGCGGCGGCGUUGCUCAUCAGCAGCCAUCGGAGUGCAUCAACAGCAACAGCAGCAGCAGUAGCAAUCAAUAGUAAGCAAUUCCUUCCGGUUAGCAGAGGUGGCAAUAGCAGCAGAAAAAUGAGCAGCGAUUCAGCAAAGCCAAAGAUUGUGUUCGUGCUUGGGGCGCCCGGUGCCGGAAAGGGUACCCAGUGUGAAAAGAUCGUGGAGCACUUUGGCUUCACGCAUUUGUCCGCUGGGGAUCUGCUGCGGGAGGAACGGAAGCGGGACGGUUCCGAGUACGGGGCGCUGAUUGAGGACAACAUCAAGAACGGCCGGAUCGUACCGGUGGAGAUUACCUGUGCCCUGCUGGAGAAUGCGAUGAACAAGACCAAGGAGGCCACCGGUAACGACAAAUUCCUGAUUGAUGGUUUCCCUCGGAACGAGGACAACUUGCAGGGAUGGAACCUCAAGAUGGCCGAAAAGGUGCAGCUGUUGUGUGUGCUCUUCUUCGAGUGUUCCGAAGAUCAGUGCAUCCAGCGGUGCCUGAAGCGUGGCGAGAGCAGUGGCCGUUCGGACGAUAAUCUGGAGAGUUUGAAGAAGCGCUUCAACACCUACAUCAACGACACGAUGCCCAUCAUUGAGCACUACCGGAAGCAGGACCUGGUGAAUGCCAUCGACGCUGCACCGACACCGGACGAGGUAUUCGAAGCGGUCAAGUGCGCCUUCAAAGGCACCAAGUAAAAUUUCACAACCAAAUGGAACACAAAACGAAGAACCAGAAACGGGACGGAGGUAAGAAGGUGGCGGCGUUAUCCAUUUUAAUUACAGAUUGAUUCAUAUAUUUAGACUGCAAUAGUUGCACACGUGCAGGUGCAAAAAUGCUACCAUUGCCUAACAAGCGUUGUUUUUAUCAAGUCAUUCCGUACAGUUGAAUCCUGAAACGAAUCAUAAUUGCAAAAUAAAAUUGGUAGCAAGCUCGGAAUCUGGUCCAAAAGAAAGAAAAAAAGGGAAGUGUACUAAUAGAGCUCUCUCACGUUGCUUUGAGAGAUGUUAAGUAUUUAUAUGUCAAAUGUUGAAACUUGCUUCACGCCAGUUAAGUAUUAACCUAGGUACCGAAUAUCGCAGCAAGUUAAUAAUUGUGUGUAGUAGAACAAAGCCAAAGUGCGGAAUUUUGCGGUUCGCGUAGCGGGCGAUUCCGUUGAUUGGUUAGGAGGGAUAUUAGGCAAAUCGUAGGGAAAUUAGCUGUGGAACCGGAGUGUUAAUUAUGUGGAAAUCGAAGUCGAAUAAAUUCAGUGAGUGCAUUUUACCUGGA